UGUUUCUCCUGAGUUGUCAAAUAGUUUGCACAGCUUUAACCUUGUGAAAUCUUGACAAAAUGGGAAGCUUUAUCGGGCAUGCAGUUCCUGGAAUCAUGUUCUUCUUGGCAUCAAUUUGGUGGCUGAUAGGAGCUUUGCGUCGGACUUUUUGGUAUCAUAAAUCCUUCCAACGCCAGCCACUACUACAAAGACGUCAAAACAACACCACUAAUUUGCCUCAGCAUCGAGCAGUCUUUAGCCUGAACCGAGGGCGUACCGCAAAGAUCCCUUUUGAGCCAAUAGCUAAAAUUGGUUUAUGUGUAAUUGGAGUGCUUGGAGAGUUGCUAUACGAAAAACAGUGGGUUCUAAUUCAUAACGGUUUUGUAGACAAACAUCUCAAUAAUUAUGCGCACGCGUCAAUGUAUUGCAUGUUUGGACUGUCUGGAGUAGUAGAUCUACUGAUGUAUUAUCGUGUGGCACCUCUUCCAACAGGCGUGGAUCACCUUUUUCUUGCUCUUGCCUUUUUUGUGGAAGGAAUGCUAUUUUACUUCCACCUCGACGGCCGUCCAGAGAUUAGCGUCCGCGUCCAUACUUUCCUAUACAUGACAAGUUUUAUUACUUGUCUUAUUUUGUUGGCAGAGAUGAAAGCAACCCGCGCUCUCAUUCACACUUUUUCCCGCGCGUUUCUCACGUCUCUUCAAGGAACAUGGUUUUUUCAAGUAGCGUUUGUCUUACAUGGGUUUGAGCGAUGGGAAAACAGCCGGGCGAACAUCGAAUUUAUUGCUAUUGCCUUCGUUUGGCAUGUCCUUAUUCUUGCAAGCCUGUAUCUCGUCAUAUUUGUGGUUUCUUACCGAGUAUACUGCAUGAAAACUUCACAAGGACCACAAGAGAUCAAUGAAGACGAAGCCACUGAUGAUGAAUUUGAAUAAAACUUACUAUUUUCAAAAGGCGGCUUAUUUCUCCAUUGUGAGCAGUUAUUGCAUAGUAACAAUUCUAUAUUCGUAACAAUAAAUAGAUAUUUUAAUAAGAAGGAUAAGUUUCAGUAAAUUUUACAAAAUUAAGUUGUUUUUAAGUGGUCAAUUGCGAUGCGAUUACUGGAUGGUACGUAAUGCAACCGUUAUAUGGAUAAACAUUUACUCGUGCAGAAAUUAAUUAUUCAUUUUAUUGUUAAAACUGGUGUUAUAUCUUAAUAGGUUUAAUCAUUAUUUACACUUUAGUCUUUUACUAGCUUUGUUAGCGUUUAGAUAGCAGUGUUUUACUUCGCUUAUAAGUGCAGGUCUAGAAAUGAACAUGGCCACAGUAAUUGUUGAAGACUUAUUUUCGAAAAACAUCAGUAUAACUAAAUGUUAUUGAAUUAUACAAUAAAAUAACAUGGAUAUUCAUGUUUUUCAUGGUAUCCCUCAAUGCAACAGAUAGUGUUAUUAAGUGAAUUAUAAAAGUCGAAUAAACACAAAAGA